AUGCAAAAAAAACAAUUGAUUAAAAAUAUAACAAUACUCUGUCAAUGGAGCGGAAGAAUAUUGGUUUUCAUCGGAUUUAUAUGUGUUUCUAUAGCUAUUGCUAUCCUACAACUUUUAGCGACAUUUUUCUACAAAUAUAAACAAAAUUGGUAUUAUAAAUAUAUAAGAAGAACAAAGAAACAUGCAGGAGUUAUUUGCAUGGCGAUUGCAAAACUAUUAAUACCAUCUUAUGCAAUUCUUUACGGAGAUAAAAUAAUAUUAUCACAUUUUGAAAAAGAUCUAAAUAAAAAAGAGGAAAUAGAGGAAUCAAAUCGUUUUAUAUUUAUCAGUAAUCACCAGAUUUAUAUUGAUUGGUUUUAUAUUUGGUGGAUUGCAUAUUUAAAAAAAAUAGAUAAUGGGAUUUAUAUUGUUCUUAAAGACAGUUUAAAGCGAAUUCCUAUCAUUGGAAUGAAAACAUUUGGUUUUAUUUUUUUAUCUAGAUCUUGGCAAGAAGAUCAUUUAAGAUUUAAUAAUCAUUUCAGAAAUUUAUCAUUAUCGGCUAAUCAAUCUAUGUUAUUAUUAUUAUAUCCAGAAGGUACGAACAUUUCUUUACAUACAAAACAUCAAAGCUUAGCUUAUGUAAAAAAAAAUGAUCUACCCAUAUUAGAUUAUGUCUUAUUACCAAGAAUCAAAGGACUCUAUUUUUGUUUAAAGAAUCUCCAUAAAACUACAAAAUAUCUUUAUGACUGUACAAUUGGUUACGAAGGUGUUACACAUAAUACCUAUGCCCAGGAUAUAUAUACUUUAAAAUCAAUACUUUUUGACGGACAAUUCCCAAAAAAUGUUCACAUUCACCUUAGAAGAUUUUCAAUAGAUACAGUACCUCUUGAUAAUGAAGAUCAAUUCAAAAAUUGGCUAUAUAAUUUAUGGAUAGAAAAAGAUAAACUCAUGCAUCAAUUUAUUAAUCAUGGCUAUUUUCCCGGAGAUUUCACUUUAAAAAGAAAAAUUCAACUAGAUUCCAUAUUAGAAAUAUUAAGCCUUUGGGACGUAUAUAUCGUGAUCUUUUUAUUCAUCAUUUUUAUAUAUUAUUUUUUAAAAAUCAUCUACUAA